GUUAUGCCAGCAUGUGGUUUGUAUUUGCAGUAUGAUCCUCCUUCACCCGGCUGUCUUAUUCCUUUGUGCCUUCGUUUGCCGGGAAACCGUCAGCGAAGAAGCCCACAUAAGUGCCACGCACUGUGCGAAAGCCUCGACGUCAGAGUGUCUGGAUGGUGCGGCGAGCGGCCGCAACGCGUCGCUAGCUUCCAGUACUGCACUCCUCAGCUACGACACUGACUCCACUGGCGGACAGAGUCAGUUGUUGAUGUACCAGGUUUCGUGCAUUGCUUCUCCUGGGGACGUGUCUGGCCGCUGUGAGCUGCUCUAUAAUAGGGGGAGCUGGCCUGAUUGGUGGAGGCGGCCUGGGCUACGGUUUCGGCGGGGGACUGGGCCUGUACGGCCUGGGGGGCGGCGCCGGACUGGGGGGCGGCGCCGGGGCCUGGGGCUGCGGCUGGGCGGCGUGGGCGGCGGCCUAGGGGGGCUCGGCCUCAGCAGGCUGGGGGGCGGCGGGGGCCUAGGCCUGGGGCUCGGCUUUAAGAAGUUCGGCUACGGCCUCGGCACCUACGGCGCCGGAUUCGGCUACGGCAAGUAA